AUGAAAUUUAACAAAGUAUCUUAAAAUAAUAACAACCCUUAGAAUAAAUAGAUAGUAAAAUAGAAUAAUAUUAAACCAGCUCAGCAAAUUGAAAAUUCAAAAAACAAAGAAUUGUUUGCAUAAUCAACUGAAACUUUAAUAACAAAAUAAAAUCAGAAAGUACCAUUAUUAAAUCAUUGUUAUCAUUAAAAAAAAGAUAAAAAUGAUAUCUCUUACAAUCAAAAAGGUAAUUAACAUAUCAAAAUAUUAGGAUAAACAUAAAUUAAGUAAUAAUUUUAGAAAUUUGGCAAUAAACAUAAUCCGCAUUCAGAGCUGAAAGUAUAUGAUAAAAAAGCCAUUUAGAUCAAUCUUAAUAAUAAUUAAAGCUAUAUGAAUAAAGGUAAUCAAAAUAUGAAAAUUGAAAAUAGGUUUGGAAUUAUUCAACUAGAAUCUAUUUGAAGAAUCACUAGUAUUUUUCAAUUAGGCAAUAAUACAAAAUUCAAAUGAUUAUUUAGCCUAUUCUAAAAUGGGUAUAUAGUUAAAUAUUUAUAUCUUUAAGGUAAUGCAUUAAUUGAAUUAAAUCGACAUUAAGAAGCCAUAGAAUUUUUAGAUAAGGCAAUUAAAUUAAAUCCCAAAGAUGAUAUCAAUUAUAUAAAUAAAGGUAAAUAUUGUAUUAAUCAAAUCAGGUGGAGCAUUAUAUGAAUUAAAUCUGUAUUACGAAGCGAUAGAAUGUUAUAAUGAAGCAAUUAAAAUAAAUCCAAAUGAUGAAAGUGUCUACUCUAAUACAGGUAUUCAAAUUUGAAAUAAUCAUGAUAGGUUUUAUUUUAAUUUAAUUGAAAAAAUAUAAAAAAGCAAUAGAUUACUAUGAUAAGGCAAUCGAACUAUAUUCUAAAAAUGCUAGUAAUUUUGCCAAUAAAGGUAAUUCUAUUAUAUAAUAUAUCAUUAUAGGUUUUACUUUAAUUGAAUUAAAUCGAUUUUAGGAAGCAAUAGAAUGCUAUGAUAAAGCAAUAAAAUUAAAUCCAAAUGAUGAUUGUUUUUACGAAAGAAAAGGUAAUUAUAUUUAUUAAAUUAUAUGUAAUAGGCCAUGCAUUAUUUCGUUUAAAAUAAUAUUCAAAUGCAAUUUAGCAAUAUGAUUUAGCAAUAAAGGUAAACCCAAGAGAUUAUCAUUUGUAUUUAAAUAAAGGUAAUUAUUUAUGAAAUUAAUACAAAUAAACUUAGGAUUGGCAUUAUAUGAGUUGAAUUAAAAGGAAGAAGCUAUAUAAUACUAUAAUAAAGCCAUUGAAUUAAAUCCAAGUGAUUAUAAAUUAUAUCUCAGAAAAGGUAUCUUUAAUAUAUUAAAUACCCAUAUUUUAGGGAAUUUAUUAAAUUAAUUAUAACGAUAUGAUGAAACAAUAAUUUGCUUUUAAGAAGCUUUAAAAAUUAAUCCGGAUUUUUUUUUCAGUUAUGAUGAUUUGGGUAAAUUAAUUUUUAAUAAAAUUUAGGAGAUUAUUUACUUUAGGUAGGAAGAAAAGCAUAAGCUAGAUAUUGUUAUUUAAAAGCUUAAUGUGAUCCAUUAAAAAUUUUAAAAAAUAUUUGA